GUCAGUGUGUUCAGUAGGAGGGGAGGGGUGGGGUGUCAGUAGCCAGCCCGCGCCUGCAGCCUCUGGCCGCUCGUGCGGGUUUGGCGUUCGUUUCCAGUGCUUCCAGCAGGGAGCGGGGUUUCGGGGAACUGCAGGUCCCAGACACCUCCGCCGGGUCCGCGUCGCCUCAGUCAGUGCAGCCUCCGCGGCGAGAACAUGGCAGCGCCGCGCGGCGACACGUGCGGGCUUCUGGAGCGCUCCGUGCGCGCGCGGGUCCCCCCGCUGCUCACCGACCUCUACCAGUUCACCAUGGCCUACGCCUACUGGCGGGCCGGCCGCCACCAGGAGCCCGCCGUCUUCGAGCUCUUCUUCAGGGACAACCCGUUCGGCGGCGGCUUCUCGCUGUUCGCCGGCCUGCACGACUGCCUGCUGUUCCUGCGCGGCUUUCGCUUUGCGGAAGACGAUGUGGAGUUCCUGCGCUCCGUCCUGCCGCCAACCACCGACCCCGGCUUCUUCCAGUUCCUCAGGGAACUUGACUGCUCGGGGGUAACGCUGCGCUCAGUCCCAGAGGGCACUGUGGUUUUUGCCAGGGUUCCUCUGAUGGAGGUGGAGGGACCGCUGGCUGUGGUUCAGCUGCUAGAGACCAGCCUGCUGUGUCUGACGAACUACGCCAGCCUGGUGUGCAGCAACGCCGCCCGCUUCCGUUUGGCAGCAGGAUCAGGAAGGCAGCUGCUGGAGAUGGGGCUCCGCAGGGCGCAGGGACCAGACGGAGGACUCACCGCCUCCAGAUACUCACACAUAGGAGGGUUCGAUCUCACCAGCAAUGUGCAGGCGGGCUUCCUGUUUGGGAUUCCCGUCGCGGGGACCAUGGCGCACUCGUACGUCACCUCUUUCACCUCGUUGGAGCAGGUGUGUCCACAGACUCUGGUUGCAGCGAACAGUGACUUAGCUCCCGUCGACGUCAUUUCUCUAACUAAAGGCUACCUCAGACGGGUGUGUGAGCUCCUGGGGGCGGAGCCUGGAAAGAUUCGUGAGGGCGAGUUGGCAGCGUUCUUGUCUUAUGCCAUCGCUUACCCUUGUAACUUCCUGCCUGUGAUUGACAGCUACAGUGUCAGCUGCGGCCUGCUGAACUUCUGCGCUGUGGCCCUGUCUCUGUGUCAACUGGGCUACAAACCUCUGGGAGUUCGUUUGGACAGCGGCGACCUCUGCAGGCAGUCCCUUGAAGUGCGCCGUGUCUUCCGGCUCUGCAGCAAACACUUCUCCAUCGCUGACUUUGACUCUUUAAUCAUCGUGGGGACCAACAACAUCUCUGAGAAAAGCAUAGCAGAGCUCAACAGUAAGGAGAAUGAGAUCAGCGUGGUGGGCGUUGGAACACAUCUGGUCACCUGUACUGAACAACCCUCCCUCGGCUGUGUCUACAAGCUGGUGGAGGUGGGAGGACGGCCGAAGAUGAAGAUCAGCGAGGACCCAGAGAAAAGCACCAUUCCCGGAAGAAAAGCUUUGUACCGGUUGAUAGAUGCUGAAGGUCAUCCUUUUCUGGACCUGCUCAGUUUGGAGGCGGAGCCUCCUCCAGAGGCGGGGCGGCAGCUUAAGUACUUCCCUCUGGGUUGCGGCGACUCGCCCGCCUCCGUCACUCCAGCUCAGGUUUCCUGUCUGCGGCAGGAAGUGUUCCUCAAAGGACAGGUCACACAGCCUCUUUGCAGCGCAGCAAAAACCAGAGCCAAAGUGCAGAGCUCCCUGCAGACGCUGCACCCUCGACACAAGAGGCUGCAGGAGCCGGACUCCUACACAGUGGCGCUGUCAGAGAGACUCCACAGCUUGGUUUUGGAGCUCCAAAAGAGCUGCAGCAACGACAGCAGCUUUCUUUUAGCCAACUGAAAACUUUUUACUCUGUAGCGUCAUUCUUGUUUCCAAAGUGCCUCAAAGAAAGAAAAAAUGUUUUUCUUUAGUCAAACAACAGUCAAUUAUGAUCCUUUUGAGUCCAGAUGGAGACGAAUAAAAACAUCCUGAUUUAUAUCCAAAAGUCUUAAUAAUGAAUGAACUGGAGUUUCUGUGUCCUCAUUUAAUGAAUUGACACAAAAUGCUCUUUAAAAGAUGAGCAUAAUGUGAGAAAAAAGUUGUAUCCCACAAUCCCUUUCAGCUUUCAGAGGAGCGUUUUUUUCCCAUGUGAGAAUAGGUGGCAGGGGAAGAGCUUCUGACAGACUCAGGGUUUUUUUAAACAUUAAAGUUUUAAAAUUUUAUUUAUUGCUAAAUUAUUAACAAGCCAAUUUAUGGAGAGUUAAGACAUUUUUUUUUCAACUGACAAUAAAACUAGGA